AUGGAAGAGAAUGUUAUGAUUCUCGAACAAAGCGACAGUACAAAACCUUUGGAAAACAAAGCCAAGCAAACCACACCUUAUAUGACAAGAUAUGAAAGAGCCAGAAUUCUCGGUACUCGCGCUCUUCAAAUUAGUUUAAAUGCACCCGUCAUGGUUGAAUUAGAUGGCGAAUCAGACGCACUUGUUAUUGCUAUGAAGGAAUUGAGAGAAAAGAAGAUCCCUCUUGUUGUCAGACGCUUCCUUCCCGAUCAAACCUUUGAAGAUUGGGAUGUCAAGGACUUGAUUGUAGAUUAA